UUGCGGGAUUUUGGAGAAAUCGAGCAGUUGUCAAGGGAAGAAAAACACCCGUGGGCGCAGUAAUUUCGCUAAUCAGUGCUUUUUCUGGGUCACGAUGUCGCUGAAGAAGGACUUGGUGUUGCUGCUGAAGCCCUACUACUGGGUGAACAUCCUGCUCAGUGUGUCUUACAUCAUUGCGAAGCGGGCGCCGUAUGUCUGCACGAUUCUCUUCGACCAGACCGAUCAGUGUGAGCUGGACGGCCGGGAGACGGAAAUCCUGUUCUUCCUGCUCAUCGUGGUGAUGAUCCGCACGCGGAAGGCGGGUAGCGUGACGAUGAUCAACUACUUGACGUCCUCCUUUAUGUACACGAAGUUCGCGAAUCUGAUUCUGUGGUUCUACAGCGACUUCCGCUACGGAAUCACCUUCGGCGCCGUGUUUAUCCUGCUGGCGCUCAUCCUGCCAGAGCCCACGUACUCUGGCCCCGAGAAUGUGAUCUACUUCCGUGGCCUGCAGACGCUGGAAGAGGAGUUGGAGAGGGACAAGCGAGUGUCGUGGGUCGUGGAAUUCUACACGGUCUGGAAUCCGGCUUGUGUGAACUUCGCGCCUGUCUUCUCGCAGCUUUCGUCGGAGUAUCAUCUGGACAAUCUCAAGUUCGGAAAGGUGGACUUGGGCCGCUUCCCGGAGGCCGGCAAGAAGUUCCACGUGUCCGACAGUUCACUCAGUCGUCAACUGCCCACAGUGAUUCUCUUCCGCAACGGCAAGGAGGCCUCGCGGCGCCCCAAUGCCGAUGCUCAUGGGAAGCUGCAGAAGUUCUUCUUUUCCGAGGACAACGUGAAGGCGGCCUUCGAUCUGAACAAUCUCUUCAGAGAGUGCAAGGAAAAUCCCAUCAAGAAGGCCAUUGUGAGUGGCGAGCAGAAGAAGACAAAUUGAGCAUUUCAUCGCACAUCCGUAGGAUCGCCAUUGAUAUUUAUUUAGCGAGUAAUUAAUCCCAUCUCAAGAGUGUGUGCUGUAGAUAGAAGAAAAUGUAAAAAUAAUUUACGCAAUAUUGGCGCAAUUGGAAUUCGAAUAAAUUCAAUGAUUACA